GAGAAUACUUCAAAAGCGUUUAAGUCAUUAAGACUUUUCCGAUGGACGAAGGCAAAAGUGAUAGCUCGAAUAAAAGUGUAAUUCGUCGCUUUUAUACACUUUUUGACUACAAUGAUAGCAUCAAUACUGAAGAAUUAGUGGAUAAUGUUGAAGAAGAGGAAAGUUACAGCUUAACAGUACUAUGCACAGAUGUGCCAGCUUCUCUAGAAAUUGAACUGAGGAAAUUAUUAUCCCAAAAGCUAUCAAAAAGUGCUGUGUAUUUUGGUGCUGGCAGUGUAACACAGUUUGAAGUAAGUGAGGAGGAGAAAACAGAGACAUGGUCUUGUUAUUAUUGUAUGCUGAAAGACAAAGAAAUUAGAGAAGAUGGAGGCAAUGUGAAAUAUAUAGUUUGUUUUCUUGCUCCUGAAGCAGAAAUGCUGGAGAUAUUUACACAAGAUUUGGACGUUUACUGCAAAAAACUAUCAGAGGAAAUAAGAAAUAAAACAGAUGUACCAACUGCUGCCAAAAAGUUUUUGGAAAAAUGGCAUGAGACAAUUUUGGACUUUCUGUGUCGAUGUGUUCAGCUUUUACAGCAAGAUGUUAAAUUUCUUUUAUAUUGUGCGUUAAUUGAUGGUUGUUUACAAGCUGAUGGAGGAAAAGAAUCAGUUUGUUCUGAUCUCAAAAGGUUCGUGAAAUUGUGCAAUAUGUCCAAUAUGUUUGGAGAUGAGUCUACAGGAAGUAUGGAUAUGUUAGUUGAUAUAUCAUCAGCAUCCAUACCACAGAAGUCUGUAAAUGUUACAUUCAGUAAUGAUCAACCCAUGUUUGAUAAUAUUAAAUGUUCCAAAUUUUGUGAGCACUGGAGUAAAGCAAUAAACUUUGUAGAUAAUAACAGCCCUGGAGAAAUCAGACAAGCUGUAGAAGCCUUUAAAGUCAAGUAUAUCCACAGUAUAAAUACAAUGAAAAGACUAUUAAUGGAAGCACAAACAGAUUACUAUGCAUAUUACAGAGCAUACCAAUUUAUCAUAAACUCAGGAAAUUCAGAGAUACUGUUGAGCUAUGCACAUUUGGAUGAGAUUGCAGAAGUGAAAGAUGUGUUUACAGAUUUGAAAAACUAUCUUUUACAUAUCACAUAACUGUUGUUAAAUUUUAUUUAUUUAUAUUAAACAUUGUAUAAAUUAUUA